CCCGCUUACGAAGCCAUAUUUUCCUCCAUUCCUGUUCCUUAUUUGCUUUUAGUCGUGGGAAAGCGCCCCUUGGCAGAAAACUACCCGGAUUCUUAGGCAUAGAAAGCAGAACAUGACCAAGGCCAAAAUUGCAGUUGUUGGUGCUGGGCUGAUUGGCCUCUCCACGGCCGUGUGCAUUUCAGACUCUAUGCCAAACUGCUCUGUGACUGUAAUUGCUGACAGAUACACACCGAACACAACCAGUGAUGUAGCAGCUGGUAUGCUGAUUCCACAUGUUUUCCCAGGCGUGCCAGUUCAUCAACAGAAGCAGUGGUUUAGGGAGACCUUUGACUACCUUUCAGGAAUCUGUAAUUCCUCUCAGGCUUCAGAGGCUGGGAUUCAUUUGGUAUCUGGCUGGCAGAUCUUUAAAACUGUUCCUGAGGAGAAGACACCAUACUGGUCUGAUGUUGUUCUGGGGUUUCGCUCAAUGACUGAAAAAGAGAUGAAGAAAUUUCCACAGCAUAAAUUUGGUCAAGCCUUUACUACACUCAAAUGUGACUGCCCACCCUUCCUGCACUGGUUAGAGAAAAGGCUGAAGGAAAAUGGAGGCCGUGUGCAUGCUAGAAAAAUUGAAGAUUUAUGGGAACUGCACAGUGACUAUGACAUCGUAGUGAACUGCUCUGGCCUUGGCUCUCGGAAGCUCAUGCGUGACCGGGAGAUAUACCCCAUCAGAGGACAGGUUCUCAAAGUUCGUGCCCCUUGGAUCAGACACUUCAUUCGUGAUGGGGAUGGAUUAACAUACAUCUUUCCAGGGAUACACGAUGUGACUUUAGGUGGGACAAGACAAAAAGACAACUGGAGCCUGUCCCCUGAUCCCCGUACCAGCAAGGACAUCCUCAGCCGAUGUUGUGCUCUUGAACCUUCACUUCACAAAGCUCAGGAUGUAAAAGUGAGGGUAGGUCUGAGGCCAGCCAGGUCAGCUGUCAGAUUGCAAAAAGAGGUAUUGGUUCGAGGCAGCGAGAAGCUACCGGUUGUCCACAAUUAUGGGCACGGCAGUGGUGGCUUUUCAGUGCAUCAAGGUACAGCCAAAGAGGCAACUCGGUUAAUUAAAGAAUGCGUUGUAGCACUGGAAAUGUCCAGGUGGAAGGCAAAACUAUAAACUCCAAGGAAUCUUUCUCUUUUUAACGAGGAACCUAAUUGGAUCAGAAUGUUCUGAAGUAAUGAAGUUGGGCUGUAGGGUUCUCAAGUGCAUGUAUAACUUUUGAUUAUUCAACACUUGUGAGGCAAUGUGAGACAAUGUGAAAGCUUUAUCUGUACUGUUUAGUCUGUAGUGAGCCAUUCAGAUACCAGCUGUCACUGCAUGUGACAUUAGGUGAUGAAUCUGCAUAAGUCGCAAAAACACCACUUUUUAAAAUGUUUUAUUUUUGUAAAUUAUAUACAUGAUUAAACUAACACUGUGCCUCGGAGAGGAGCAGAUUUUUCCCUGACAUGCCUCUGAAGAUGUCAACCACAGAUGUGGGUGAAACACAUGACCACUAAGCCCAGAAAACUCACAACAACCAAAACUAUUUCAUUUCAUUUAUUAUGUUUAUAGUCUGCCCUCUUACAAUGAGAGUCAAACUCAGGGCAUCAUGGUUAAAAUAAUAUAUAUUAAUUGGUAACAAUUAAAAUUAUCUUUAAACAUCUAAAUUUAAAUCUCCCUGGCGCCCUUAAUAAAAUUUAAACUCAAAUGGGAAACAGCCAGGGAGGGAGGGAAAAUAGAAAAGGAACACAAGGAGCACAAGGAAAAGGCUUAACCAGAAUUAACAAAUAACAAAUAAAUUAUCAAUUAACUGAAAACAGUAAACAAAUAGUGGUAAGGAAGCCAGCAAGAUGGAACCGUCACUGUCUCAACCAUAGGCCUGGUGGAACAUCUCCAUCUCGCAGGCCCUGGGGAAUGGAGCCAAAUAGGGCCAGUUCUCAGUACAAAGAAAUAGAAACAGCAACAGAAAUAACACAUCAUAUACCACACUUUUCCAUAGCUCAAAGUAUAAGGGUUAAAGUUAAAUCUAAAUUGAAGUUUUGCUGCCAGUAAGGCAAACAGCAUUUCUGUUAUUGAUUAACAAGGAUUUUGUUGUCUGAUACCUUAUUGGGACAGCCUCCCUUAGCUUCAAUCACUUCAAGGUCUGACAAACUUUAUCAAUCCAUUUUUAUAUUCUAUUUGACUCCAAUUUCCAAUUACUGUGCCAUAACAAUUUAGCUGCUAAUGUGAGAUCCAAAAUCAUAUUUAAUGAGAUAUAAGUCCCAAGAGACUGAUUUGCAAAUAGGUUGUAUCCUGUGCCAGUUUUGUAGCCCUGUAAUUGAGAGUGAAAAUGAGAUUAAACAAAAACAAUUUUGGCUGUAUAACUUAAUACCUUCAUGCUUGCUAUUCUACCAAACUAAAAUAGUUGAGGCUCAGGCCAGCUAUGUAAUUCUUGAACUGGGUUCCAUAAUUUUAGGUAAUUAUUUGCAAAUAAAUCUGCUAUAGUACAUAGCAUCAGCAAACCUAAAAAUCUUAUCAGAUCCACAGGUUCCAUUACAUCUGUAUUUGAUUUCCUUUUGUUGACAUCUAUAUUCACUUCUAACCAAUCUAUUUUGUUUUAUUUAUUGUGUAUCCAUAACCUUUUCUCUAAUUUUGCACCUAGAAUAAACUGUUUUAUUCAGUACCAUUA